AUGCGUAGCUGUUGAUGGUGUGUUAGAAUUUUUUUUAGCAUCGAGCAUCCUCUGUUAGCUCCUGUUGUAAAUUUAAUUCAUAUAUAUGUGUAAUGAGAAUGUGUGUAAUUUAACGAUACGAUAAUAAUGUUCUGCAUGAAAAAUUAUAACUAAAAAAAUCUACAAACAUUGAUAAAUAUACAAAUUAAUUAAAAAAAACUAUAAUGGAAAAAAACGACGAAACGAGUGUUGCUGUUGCUGAAAGUUCCAGUGAUAAAGAUACUUCCCCAAGUAAUUCAACAAUUGACAAUACUCAAGUAGCUGCCAGCAGUGAAGAACCAGUAGAUAAUGAAAAAAUAACAUCUAAUGACACAACAAGUAUUGAUAAAUUAGUAAACAAUGAAACUACAGUAUCUACCAGUUUAAGUGAUACUGCUAAUGAAUGUGAUAAAUCUAAACAAUCUGAUGUUGAUUCUUUAGCACCAGUAUCUACUGGAUCAAGAAGUCCAAGUGAAACUUCAGUAGAAAUGAUGAAUGUACCUAGUAGGACUGAUACUGAAAUAAAAGAUAAAGUAGAAGAUAAUUAUGAUAAAACAACUGAUGCACCGGAAAUGGAUAAACCCAAAACAUCAACGGAUCGAUUAGAAGCGCCAGUAGAUGUAGAAGAAGCUGAAAAUAUUUUAUUAAAGUCCGCUGAUGAUAAGGAAAAAGCUGAAAUUGAAUUAGUAUCUGUUGAUUCCCCAAGUGAGACAACUGAUUCAACGGGUUUAGAUAAAAUGACUGAUGAUCUUCAGAUCAUUGAUGACAAAGAUAAAGAUUCAAAUGCUUCAGAGACACACAAAGAUUCUUUAGCAAGUUCUGAAGAUAAACUGACCUCAGUGGAAGUUGAUUUAGAAAGUCAAAGCAAAGAAGACUCAAGUAAGUCAUCGGAGCAACCAGAGAAUACAGAAUUUGUCCAGAUAGUUCAAGAUAAACAAGAUGAAUCUCAAAUUGAAAGUCAGUCAAUGGACGCUGAAGAUCCAUUUGGUGGAGAUGCUCUUGCCGCUGAUUCAGAAUCACUGGACACAGUGGAUUUAGAAGAACGGAAUAUUAAUUUCCAGCAGCUUGGAGAUCAAGCAGACAAUCUUCAGGAUAUUUUAAGUGCUAAAGACUCGACAGAUCCUGCUGAUAGUUAUCAAUCAUCAGUGCCUGAUAAUGACGAAACGACAAGUGAAUCUGAUAAAUUUAAAUCAUCUUCAAAAAAUCGUAGAGAUUCAGUAGAAAAAGUUAUUGAAGAAAUUACCAUUGAAUUGACGAAUUCAAGUGACAAAGACGAUGGCACUGCUAGUAAAAAUGAUAAAGUUGAUGACAAUGACCAAGAUAAAGACAAAAAAGAUGAAGAUAAAACCAAAAGCUCUGGAGAUCAGUCAUCUGUUUUACCUGGUCAAGACGACGAGCUCUGUAUUGUUCCAGACAAUACUAAAAUAGUAACAGACCAACCGACUGAUAAAGAAAUAACUACUGACAAAAUAAAUGAAAAAAUAAUUGGAUCAAAUGACAAAUCUAAAUCACUAUCUCCUGAAUCCAUUGGAAAAUUAGUUUUGGUAAACAAAGUACAAGUUAAUCAAGAAGCUAGUGAUGCUCCGAUAAUUGCACCAACUCUAACAGUUGUAUCAGCAUCAUCUCUAUCCACUGCUGCAACAAAUCUAAAAGAAAAAGACAAAGACAGCAAAAAAGAUAGUGAUCAAGAUAAAAGUAAAGAUUCAAAAAAAAUUACAGGAGUUAGAAAAGUAGGAUUAAAAGUCGUGGACAAUAUUAUUGACGUAGAAGCUGAGUCUAAGAACUCAGAAGUAGAAGAAAUAAGUAGAGUUGAAUUUUGUAAGCAGUGUAAGAGUGAAAAAGUAUGCAGUCAUCAGCUAAAAGUAGGCAAUGAGAUACACAAAUUUUGUUCGUCAGCAUGUCAAAGUACGUAUGCAUCAACAAACAAUUUAGCAACAGAUAUACCAAGUGACGGAGCUAAUUCAAAGUAUGAAAAACGCUGUGCUAAUUGUUUAUUGAUUGUUGAGACAAAUGACGAGCGUAAUUUAUCAUGGGAAACAAUGGAGUUUUGUAACGAAGAAUGCUUGGGUAAAUUUCAAACAAAGUACGGCAGUUAUUGUCGUAACUGUAACGGUAAUGUUGCAGCAAUGAGUUUAGGUAAAUAUUGCGUACGUUUUGGAUAUGAUGUACGUCAAUUUUGUUGUUCAACAUGCUUGGAAGAAUUUAAAAAAGGUCUAAAAGUAUGUAGUUACUGUCAAAAAGACAUAAGCUCUGGUUCUGAUGGUUUUUUGGCGCCAGUUGGUGACAAAGGACAAUUUAAAGAUUUUUGUACUCAAUUUUGUAUGGAGAAAUAUUCUAAAAUGAAUUCAACAGAACCACCAAUUCCUGAAAAAAAAUCAUGCAGCGUUUGUCAGGAGGAAAAAAUAGUUUACUGUGAAGUACAAGUUAAUCAUUUAGCGCCAGUGGCAAUAUGCAGUGAGCCAUGUUUCGCAGCAUUUAAAUUUGUUAAUAAAGUUGAUCCAGAUCAAUGUUCAACGUGUAAAAAAUAUUUUGAUCAAGGAAAAAAGAAAAAUACUGUUGUAUUUUAUCAAAAUGAAGCGCACACGUUUUGUAAUAAAACUUGUCUUAAUAUAUUUAUAAUAACGCAUCGUAAAAUAGUGCCAUGUAAUUGGUGUAAAGUUAAAAAAUAUAAUUUUGAUAUGAUUAAAAAAGAAUUAAAAAAUGGAUCAGUCAUAACGAUGUGUAGUUUAAAUUGUUUAACGCUUUAUCAAGUAUCAAUGAAUGCUGUCUCAUCACGGCGUAUAAAUUGUGAUUUUUGUAAAGAAUUUUCCCAAGCUCAAUAUCAUUUGACAAUGUCUGAUGCUACAAUACGUAAUUUUUGUUGUUACGACUGUGUAAUGAAAUUCCAAGGACAGUAUACUAAGUCACCAAUAACAAUACCUGGUGGUGAUGAUCCUAAAACAACUUCAACAGCAACAGUACCAGUACCAACUGGUACACCUAAGCGUACGUAUCCAGCAAAAUAUCAAAUGCAGAUGCAGACAACAACUAAAAAAUCAAAUGAAAUGGUCAAUGUCCCGAAUAUAACAAUUGCUGGUCAAAAGUCAAUGCCUGUGAUAUCAUCAGUUAAAAGUUUAGCUUCUAAUGGACAAACUGUUACACUAUCACAAAAAAAUCCAACAACGAUUUCUGUCGGUACAAAUAAUAUAACUAAUUUAAAUGCUAAUGCAACUCAAGUUAUUUACAAACAACAAGUAAUAACAAGACCAGUCAGUCCAGUUAAAGUUCAUAAUAAAAUGACUCAGUGCAAACCAUUGAUGCAUACAAAGGGUGUUUCAGUAAAACCUCAUCCUUGUACAAAAUCAACUCAAACUGAUGAAAUUCCCAAAAUUUUGGUUCCUAUUCCAGUUCCCAUUUACGUUCCAUUCCCAGUACACAUGUGGAGUUUUCCAUUUCCGGUUCCUGUACCAUUUCCAUUACCAAUACCUGUACCUAUUUUUAUCCCCACAACACGCAACAGUACUAAGGGUAUUUUUAAAGAAUUGAAAAGGAUACAGGAUAAAAUGCCAUCGGAUCCAUUUGAAGCAGAAUUGCUCAUGAUGGCAGAAAUGGUAGCUACGGAUAAGAAAACUGACAGUGAUUCAUCAGAUUCAGCAGAUGAAAAUAAUGGCGAAGUUGCUGAUGGUAAUAAUACGCUGGGCGAUGAUAUGUUACAAGAAGCAUUGAAAAUGACAACAGGUGAAUUAGAAGACGCUGCUGUUGAUUUAGAAGCUGCAUUGACACCUAAUACUAUCACAGCUGCACAAAAUUCUACAAAAUCAACUGGAGGUAAUGCUGCUAGUGAUUCUACUGAUAAUUCGGAAUCAGCGGCCAUAAAUAAAGGAAGAAAACGUGUCAUUCCGUUUAGUAAAACACGUGGUGGAUCUCUUAAAAAAGGACGUAGAUCUAGUAGUACUGUCAGUAACAAUGCUAAUGAUGUUGAUGUUACUUCGCCUGAAGAAUCCAUAGCGACAACAACAAUAACAACGGGAACAGGAACAACGAUAACUAAAACAACAACAACAACACCAGCAGCAACAGAAACAGAAACAAGCCUAGCUACGAUUACUGAACCACUUGAAAAACCAGACGCUAAUAUGGCACUGAAAUAUACUUUUGGUGUAAAUGCAUGGAGGAAAUGGGUCGUUGCUAAAAAUAAUGAGUUAGAGAAACAAAUAACAGCGACUAAAAAAUUAAAAUUAUUUAAAACGGAUCUUUUACAAUUGACUGCUGAUGAACUUAAUUAUUCACUUUGUCAUUUUGUUAAGGAAGUGAGAAAACCUAAUGGAGCUGAAUAUGCACCUGACACAAUUUAUUAUUUAUGUUUAGGAAUACAACAAUAUCUUUUUGAAAAUAAUAGGAUAGAUAAUAUUUUUACUGACACAUAUUAUGAACAAUUUACUGAUUGUUUAAAUGAUGUGGCGAAAAAAUUUUCUGUUUUAUAUAAUGACGCCCAAUAUAUUGUAACACGGGUUGAAGAAGAACAUUUAUGGGAAUGCAAACAACUUGGAGCACAUUCUCCUCAUGUACUAUUAAACACUUUGAUGUUUUUCAAUACCAAGCACUUUAACUUGACGUCAGUAGAAGAACAUAUGCAGUUAUCAUUUUCUCAUAUUAUGAAACACUGGAAACGAAAUCCAAUUGUACAAAAUACAGGAACUGUUGCCAAAACUCCUGGUUCACGCAACGUACUUUUACGAUUUUAUCCACCCCAAUCAACUCUAGAAGCCAAUUCUAAAAAGAAAAAAGUAUAUGAACAACAAGAAAAUGAAGAAAAUCCACUACGUUGUCCAGUAAAACUUUACGAAUUUUAUAUAUCUAAGUGUCCAGAAAGUGUUAAGACACGUAAUGAUGUAUUUUAUCUCCUGCCAGAACGGAGUUGUGUACCAGACAGUCCAGUUUGGUAUUCAACAUCACCACUUGCUAAAGAACAUCUUGUAAAAAUGUUAAAUCGUGUUAAAAUGGUCAAAGAAAUUAAUAUCGCUCUACUGUCCACAUAAAAACUUUAUAAUUUUACAAUUAUUGGUUUAUUUUCGUUAUUUAAUUAAAAAUAACAAAUUAUGUUCACUGUAAGUGAAUAUUAUUUAAUGAGAUGAUUAAAAACUACAUUAAGCUGACAAUUUUUUUUUACUAAAAGACAAUUCUUUUUUUUUUUAAUCUUUUUAUAAUAAUAAAUCUAUAGAUUUAAUGCCUAAUUAUUUGUCUCGAUCUAUGUCAAAAUUAAAGUAUGUCCAAAACUGUAUAUACUUAUAAAAAGGAAAAUGAUAAAUCUCAAUUUCAUUAUUAAAUAAUUAAUCGUCAUUAAUAGCUUCCAUAAUAUUUUUUAUUAGGAAAUAGUAUCAGUUUUUAUGAGCUCUUCUGUAAUAAUUAGUUUUUAAGCAAAGUAUUAUACUUUUUUCCGUAAUGUACAGAUAAUCAAUGCGAUAUUGUGAGAAAAAAAAUAGUAA